GGGACGAUGGUGUUCCGUCCCGUGUGAGAGUCCCUUGUUCGCUUGGCCCAUUUGGGCCCAGGAUACCGAGGCCUCUCCUGUGUCCAUCUCACGGGGGUUGCUCAGCAACAGUGUCCACCCACGGAGUGCCCCGGGCCCAGCAGCUGCCUGGAGUGGGAGGCCUGGGAUACAGGAGCCGGUCUGGAUGGGUGUUUGUUCCACGCCACUGGCUGGCAUGGUCACUGCCCUGCCCUGAGGUGCCGGGUGGGUCUAAAGGGCGAGGCGGCCCUGGGGCCCUCCUUGAGAAGAGCCUCUGAGCCUGAGGCGGGAAGGGUGGGAAUCGGCCACAGCCCAGGUCCAGGCCUGCACCCCCAGGACCCUGACCUGGAGGGAGGUCCUGGAUGUGCUGAAGCCCAGUCUAGCCUGAAGCAUCGAUUUUCCUGUGCCUUCUGGACCAAGUCACCUCCCCAGCCUCUUCCUUCUGGCCAGCCCUGCCCAGCAGCCCCUGGGCCUGGCAAAACCCUCUGCAAGGUCAUUUGAAGAGGACGCCCUCCCUGUGGGGGCAGGGCCAUGGGUCCGUCCCGGCCUGGCACAGCCUGGCCUCGUCAGCUCGGUGGAAUGUCACCUGUGGGGCAGAGCAGGUUGAGCAGUUGGCUGGCCCCAGGGGGAGAUGCCUCUCCGGGUCCCCACCCUGUGCCCUGCCGACUCCCCACCCCAACUCCAGGUCUGCGGCCCAUUCUGGGGAAGCUGUGGGUGAGAACUGGCCAGGCAAAGGGGAAGGGCUGGGCUGUACACCAUGGCUACGCUCUUCUCCCGGCCCCAGCGGCGCCCUCCCCUCUUGCGCCAGGCCAUCAAGAUAAGGCGCCGCGGGGUCAGAGAUCUGCAGGAUCCCCGGCCCCCACGAGCUCAGGAGAUCGAGCCUUCAUCCCACCACUUGUCGCCUGAGGAGCGGGCCCUGCUCUACGAGGAAGCUCUCUACACCGUCCUGUACCGGCUGGGGCAGCCAGAGCCCAACCAUGUGGGAGAGUCCUCUGAGCUGCUGCGGUACCUGCAGGAGGCCUUUCGCAUGGAGCCCGAGGAGCAUCAGCAGAUGCUAAAGAGCGUCCAGCAGCUCGAGAAACCAGUCUUUUGUCUGAAGGCAACGGUGAAACAAGCCAAGGGUAUCCUAGGCAAGGAUGUCAGCGGGUUCAGUGACCCCUACUGCCUGCUGGGCAUCGAGCAGGGGAUGACGGUGUCCGGGGGCAGCCCAGGGCUCCGGCGCCGGCAGAAGGCCGUGGUGAGGCACACCAUCCCCGAGGAGCAGACCCACCGCACCCAGGUCAUCACCCAGACACUCAACCCCGUGUGGGACGAGACCUUCAUCCUAGAGUUUGAAGACAUAAGCAACGCCAGCUUUCAUCUGGAUAUGUGGGACAUGGACACAGUGGAGUCCGUCAGACAGAAGCUCGGGGAGCUCACAGACCUGCAUGGGCUGCGAAGGAUGUUUAAGGAGGCCCGGAAGGACAAAGGCCAGGAUGACUUCCUGGGGAACGUGGUUCUCAGACUACAGGAUCUGCGCUGCCGGGAGGAUCACUGGUACCCCCUGGAGCCCUGCACAGACACCUACCCGGACCGCGGUCAGUGUCACCUCCAGUUCCAGUUUAUCCACAAGCGGAGAGCCACCAAGGCCAGCCGCUCCCAGCCCAGCUACACGGUACACCUCCACCUCCUGCAGCAGCUGGUGUCCCACGAGGUCACCCAGCACCAGGCCGGCAGCACCUCCUGGGACGGGUCAUUGAGCUCCCAGGCGGCCACCAUCCUCUUCCUCCAUGCCACGCAGAAGGACCUGUCGGACUUCCACCGGUCCCUGGCGCAGUGGCUGGCCUACAGCCGUCUCUACCAGAGCUUGGAGUUCCCUAGCAGCUGCCUCCUGUUCCCCAUCACCAGCAUCGAGUACCAGUGGAUCCAGGGCCGGCUCAAGGCCGAGCAGCUGGAGGAGCUGGCCACCUCGUUCAGCUCCCUGCUGGCCUAUGGCCUCUCCCUCAUCCGGAGGUUCCGGUCUGUCUUCCCCCUCUCGGUGCCUGACUCCCCAGCCCGGCUGCAGUCCCUCCUCAGGGUCCUGGUACAGAUGUGCAAGAUGAAGGCCUUUGGGGAACUGUGCCCGGACAGCGCCCCCCUGCCCAACCUGGUGACCGAGGCGCUGCGGGCUGGCACCGUGGGAUGGUUCCACCUGAAGCAGCAGCACCAUCAGCCCAUGGUGCAGGGGCUGCUGGAGAUGGGCAAGGCCUUACUGAGCCUGGUACAGGACAUCAUUGGCGACCUGCACCAGUGCCAGCGCACGUGGAACAAGAUCUUCCAUAACGUGCUCAAGAUCGACCUCUUCUCCAUGGCUUUCCUGGAGUUGCAGUGGCUGGUGGCCAAGCGGGUGCAAGACCACAUCCGGGCGGUGGGCGGCUCGGUGACCCCGGAGGUAGGCGAGAGCCUGUUCCAGCUCUACCUCAGCCUCAAGGAGCUCUACCAGCUAGGCCCGCUCCCCUCGGAGAGGGAUGGCGUCCUGGCCCUGGAAGGCUUCCACCGCUGGUUCCAGCCGGCCAUCCCGUCCUGGCUGCAGAAAACCUACAGUGUAGCCCUGGCGCGCGUACAGCGCGCGGUACAGAUGGACCAGCUGGUGCCCCUGGGGGAACUGACCAAGCAUAGCACGUCCGCUGUGGAUCUGUCCACCUGCUUCGCCCAGAUCAGCCACACCGCCAAGCAGCUGGACUGGCCUGACCCGGAGGAGGCCUUCAUGAUCACUGUCAAGUUUGUGGAGGAUACCUGUCGGCUGGCCCUGGUGUACUGCAGCCUUAUAAAGGCCCGUGCCCGGGAGCUGUCUGCAGGCCAGAAGGACCAAGGCCAGGCGGCUAAUAUGCUGUGCGUGGUGGUGAAUGACAUGGAGCAGCUGAGGCUGGUGAUCGGCAAGCUGCCCACCCAGCUGGCAUGGGAAGCGCUGGAGCAGCGGGUGGGGGCUGUGGUGGAGCAGGAGCAGCUGCAGAACACACUGCAUGCCCAGCUGCAGGGCGCCCUGGCUGGGCUGGGCCAUGAGAUCCGCACAGGUGUCCGCACCUUGGCCGAGCAGCUGGAGGCGGGCAUUGCCAAGCACAUCCAGAAACUCGUGGGCAUCAGGGAGUCCGUCCUGCCUGAAGACGCCAUUCUGCCCCUGAUGAAGUUCCUGGAGGUGAAGCUCUGCUACAUGAACACCAACUUGGUGCAGGAGAACUUCAGCAGCCUCCUGAGUCUGCUCUGGACACACACGCUCACGGUGCUGGCGGAGGUGGCUGCCUCCCAGCGGAGCUGCCCCCUGGCCUGUAGCAGGCUGAAGUUUGCACUGCAGAACCUGGAGAUCUGCUUCUACGCAGAGGGAUGUGGCCUGCCGCCCGAGGCCCUGCACACCGCCACUUUUCAGGCUCUGCAGAGGGACCUGGAGCUGCAGGCGGCCUCCAGUCGGGACCUCAUCCACAAGUACUUCUGCAGCCGCCUCCAGCAGCAGGCUGCAACCACCUCCGAGGAGCUCGGGGCCGUCACCGUCAAGGCCUCCUACCGCCCCUCCGAGCAGAAGCUGCGUGUGGAGCUGCUCAGCGCCUCCAACCUGCUGCCCCUGGACUCCAAUGGCUCCAGCGACCCCUUUGUCCAGCUGACCUUGGAACCCAGGCAUGAGUUCCCUGAGCUGGCCCCCCGGGAAACCCAAAAGCACAAGAAGGACCUUCACCCACUGUUUGAUGAGACCUUUGAAUUCCUGGUGCCUGCUGAGCCGUGCCAGAAGGACGGGGCGUGCCUCCUGCUCACGGUGCUGGACCAUGACACCCUGGGGACCGAUGACCUGGAGGGGGAGGCCUUCCUGCCGCUGUGCUCCGUGCCCGGCCUGACAGGGAUGGAGGAGCCUGGCGAAGUACCUCAGACCCGCCUGCCCCUCACCUACCCUGCACCCAACGGGGAUCCGAUCCUGCAGCUGCUGGAGAGCCGGAAGGGUGACCGCGAGGCCCAGGCGUUUGUGCGGCUGCGGCGGCAGCGGGCCAAGAAGGCCUCCCAGCAUGGCCCGCGGCCGGGACGAGCUGCAAGGCUGGCGUGGAGGUACUGAUGCCGCGGCAGGGACUGGGGCAACUAGGAUCACUGGUAUUUUGGCUGAAGGCUUCAAAGAAACCACCCACCAGACAUACCAGGCUCUGUGGCCGGUGCCAGCACAGGAACCUGGCACUCUCGUGAGAGCACCUGGAGUGGGGGGCCUCCCCCAGCACAGGCUGAGCCCGAGGCGCCGCUCUAGACAGCAGGGCUUAGCGGAAUGGCACCCCAGAGCUGCCUAGGGGAGUGGUCCACAGGCUGGGAGUCAGAGCCUGGGGCUCACUGUCAUUCCCUUGACCGUGGUUGAGUCACUUAACCUCUCGGGAGUCUGCACAGGGGUGAUCAGAUAAGGUCAUCUCCAAGGAUCCGGGCAGCUCUGUUCCCCUGAGGCAGGUGGGGGGAGGUGGCCCGAAGGCUCCCUUGAGGGGCAGGCCCACCCUUCUUUUGAUGCUUUUAUAAGCAGGCACUGUCUGUUCCUGAGAAACGCCUCGGGGCCUUGUCUUUUGGAAAACAGUUAGGUACAGCGGUUGCCACUGACGACAGAGCUCUGAAGAGUCCUCUGGCCUGGGCGGUCUCCCAGUCCAGGAUUAAAGGCCCCAGCAGGCCUGCGGCAGAGAACACACUGUCUAGGAGCCUGGAGCAGCCCUUGGGCCUGGGUGGGACAGCCAGGCUGGGCGCCAGUCCAGCGCAUAGUAGGGAGGCCCUCACUUAGGGCCCCGCUCUCCCGCACCCCCAUGUAAACAAGCUGCCAUCGCAAGUUCAUAUUUUAUUUCCAAUAUGUUUGGAGCUUUGAUUUUUGCAUUUUUGUAAAAAAGUUUUCACUUGA